GGUUGGAGACGUGGCUCGGGGCCGCCAUCUUGGGAAGAGGCAAAGCGACAGCGGCUCCUGUCACGGGGGAAGCAGGUCCAGAGCGGCCGGUGCUCCCCUCCCCGGUCCCCAGCCCUCGCCCCAGGCAGCGGGAGCGCGGGAGCGCCCACCACCGCACUCGCCAUGGUGCUGUUGGCAGCAGCAGUCUGCACGAAAGCAGGAAAAGCUAUUGUUUCGCGACAGUUUGUGGAAAUGACCCGAACCCGGAUUGAGGGUUUAUUAGCAGCUUUCCCAAAGCUCAUGAACACUGGAAAACAACAUACAUUUGUUGAAACAGAGAGUGUAAGAUAUGUCUACCAGCCUAUGGAGAAACUGUACAUGGUACUGAUCACUACCAAAAACAGCAACAUUUUAGAGGAUUUGGAGACCUUAAGGCUCUUCUCAAGAGUGAUUCCUGAAUAUUGCCGAGCCUUAGAAGAGAAUGAAAUAUCUGAGCACUGUUUUGAUUUGAUUUUUGCUUUUGAUGAAAUCGUUGCCUUGGGAUAUCGGGAGAAUGUUAACCUGGCGCAGAUCAGAACCUUCACAGAAAUGGAUUCUCAUGAGGAGAAAGUAUUCAGAGCAGUCAGAGAGACUCAAGAACGUGAAGCUAAGGCUGAGAUGCGGCGUAAAGCAAAAGAAUUACAGCAGGCCCGAAGAGAUGCAGAGAGACAGGGCAAAAAAGCACCAGGAUUUGGGGGAUUUGGUAGCUCUGCAGUUUCUGGAGGCAGCACAGCUGCCAUGAUCACAGAGACCAUCAUUGAAACGGAUAAGCCAAAAGUGGCACCUGCACCAGCCAGGCCUUCAGGCCCCAGCAAGGCUUUGAAACUUGGAGCCAAAGGAAAGGAAGUAGAUAACUUUGUGGACAAAUUGAAAUCUGAAGGUGAAACUAUCAUGUCCUCUAAUACGGGCAAGCGUACCUCUGAGACAACCAAAGUUCAUGCUCCACCUAUUAAUAUGGAGAGUGUGCAUAUGAAGAUUGAAGAAAAGAUCACACUAACCUGUGGACGAGAUGGAGGACUACAGAAUAUGGAGUUGCAUGGCAUGAUCAUGCUUAGGAUCUCAGAUGACAAAUUUGGCCGAAUUCGUCUGCAUGUGGAAAAUGAAGAUAAGAAAGGGGUGCAGCUACAAACCCAUCCAAAUGUGGACAAAAAACUUUUCACGUCAGAGUCCCUAAUCGGCUUGAAGAAUCCAGAAAAGUCAUUUCCAGUCAACAGUGAUGUAGGGGUGCUAAAGUGGAGACUACAGACCACAGAGGAAUCUUUUAUUCCAUUGACAAUUAACUGCUGGCCCUCAGAAAGUGGGAAUGGCUGUGAUGUCAACAUAGAAUAUGAGCUACAGGAAGAUAAUUUAGAGCUGAAUGACGUGGUUAUCACCAUCCCGCUCCCAUCGGGUGUCGGUGCUCCUGUGAUUGGUGAGAUUGAUGGGGAGUAUCGACAUGACAGUCGACGAAAUACCUUGGAGUGGUGCCUGCCAGUGAUUGAUGCCAAAAAUAAGAGUGGCAGCCUGGAAUUUAGUAUUGCUGGGCAGCCCAAUGACUUCUUCCCUGUUCAAGUUUCCUUCAUCUCCAAAAAGAAUUACUGUAACAUACAGGUUACCAAAGUGACCCAGGUAGAUGGAAACAGUCCGGUCAGGUUUUCCACAGAGACCACUUUCCUAGUGGAUAAGUAUGAAAUCCUGUAAUACCAAGAAGAGACAACCGAAAAGGAAAAAUUUCAAAUUAAUAGAAGAGCCAGAAAAUGGCUGAAGAGUUUUUCCAAAUUUACAAGCCAUUGGAGACCGUUUUUUUCUGAUGUAAUGCUCGUCUCCUGUGGAAGGACCCUCAGCUCAUCCCCAGUGUUUGAGUAUCACGGAGACGCUCUUUGACAGAGAAAUGACACAAACAUAAAGGGAAAGGCUGCUCAUUUCUUUGGCAGAUUUUACUGGCCAGCAGGAAAGCAAGCUCUCCAGAGAAUGCCCCCAGCAAGCGCCUCCUCUGUCUUCACCUAAGUUGCUCCUUUGUUUUAAUCCCCAAAUACAGUUACAUUUCACACUUUGUUUUUAAGGUUUUCUCUGUAGAUUUUGCUCUUUCAUACUUCUUUCCUUUCUGUACAUUGAAUCAGGCACUGGGAUCAUCUAUAGGCAUUGUGUUUGACCUGGAACAGAAUUAUCUAAACUGUUCUCGAAUUUUGGACAAUACAGGUGAACUCUUUAAGGGAUAUGGAAUAUAGAGGUUAAAAGGUAAAAUGGACUCUGUUUUCCCAUGUCUGUUUAUCCCUCCAUUAUUUUGCCAAGCUGUUUUCCUUUCAAGGCCUGGCCUUCCUGUUUAAAGUAGUACUGUGAGUCCUGCUGGUGUCAAUAUUAAUGAGAAACAGCUUUCAGAUGAGAUGGCCCCUCUUCAGGGUGUCUGGGAGAAGAAUGGUUAUUGCCCCAUGGAAUAUCACGUCUGUUGAUAGUGUUGUCCGUACUUCCAGUUCUCCCCAUUUUGGGUACUUGAACCAAAACGUAAUAGCCCACAAUUUUGUAUCUGUGCAUUCCUUAGAUUCUCCGUCUCCCUCUUCCUGGUCACACUCUCCUCAGUCCUUCCUUUCUAGCAGAAACACAGUUAUGAUUUUGGAGGCCACUGGUUCAGUGAGUAUUUGUGCCAGUCCUGUCCAUCACCUUCCUAUCAAGUCCCCCCUGAAUUAUCAAGGAAAAUCCAUUUCCACUGCUAGAGUUUUAGCAUUUCGAUAGGCCCUUGUUAUAUUGGUUAUGUAGGAAGGACUCUUAUGUACCCCGUUUCCUUAGAGCCAACUCAGCAUUUUCCUCCUGUCUCUGUCUCUGAGACCCUUCCUUUUCUAACCCCUGAGCCUUUUGAGUGUCAUUAUGAUGGGAUUGUUUCUCAGCUCCAUUUCAUCUGUCACUUUUUUUGUUGGAGAACAACAUUGCCAACCCAGCCUUUGCUUUUAAUCCAGUAUUGCACUUAGGGUGUGUGACGUUUGCUGAGAGGCCCUGGCUGUGGGAAGAGACAAACGACUGUGGAUGGCCUCCUGCGCUUACAGCUGGCUGGAGGGCAGCACUUCCAUUCUGAACACCUGGCCCUGCCUCAGAGUGGACUGUACUGAUGCAGAGCAGCCUCAAAUGGCCAUAGCUGGAGUUGCUUGCCAAAGAAACUUCUGGCCUUUCCCUUUCCCUAACCCUUGUAUCAGGGAAGAAUACUUAUCUCUAGCUUGGUUUCCACAUGAAAUUUUUCUGAGGAAGGGGGCUAGGACAAGGAGUCUGUCAUGUAGUUAAGUAGACAAAUCUUAUUAAUCCAGUUUUGUUUGAGAGUUGCUUGUUCAUAUGAUUUUUUAAAAGUCAAGUUUAAUUUCACAAAACCUUUUUUUUCCUGAAAUUACUUUUGGGGUAAUAUUUAAAACAAGAGACAUUUUGUAACCCUGUAAAAUAUGUAGGGAAUAUAACAUUCCAUUGUACACAAAGAAGGCAGAUUCUUUAAUCAAAUAAAGAGUAUUAUAAAAUGAAA